CCGGGCCGGAAAGUCCCGGUUGGGUAGGGGGAUUUGGGCAAUAAAGCCGACGUGAGCAGGAUCACGGACCACAGUUGUCCGAGCCGGACCCGCGCAGAAAUUGGCCGCAGCAUGGGCGACAACAAAGGGGACAAUAUUGAGGACGACGCUGCGGCCUGUUGCGCCGCCACCGGUACGGCCCGACCGCCCGAGUUUCCCGGCCACCAGGGUCAGGUUGGCUACCGUGGCAGCCAGAUACAGCUGGAACCUGGUCUUGACCCUGCCGAAAUAGCGGGACUGGCGAAUGCCCAACUGGACCAGUCGGGCCAACCGGUGUUCCACCACCACCCGGCGCACUCGAUAUUCGUCAUAGUGAGUGCUCUGCUGCAACGCUCGGGCCUGCUGCAGCAGGGCUUCCUGGGGAUGGACCAGCACCCGCCGCCCCCUGCUCCCCUUGGCUGCGAUGCACUGGGACCGCAGUGGACAUGUCCGACAUUCGGCCCCGUCGAACUGGAAGGCCUGCAAGCGGUGGACCCGCCCCCUGCGGUCCGUCCGCUUUCCCGCCGGCACGAUGGUGUGGGUAACCUGUCCCGCCGGACAGGUGCAACUGCCCGCGGUCAGGUCGAUGACAAAGUCAUCCUUGGGAAAGUGCUUCCGGUCGGGCCGUCCCGGCACUCUGGCCACCAACCGGCGUCCCGCAUCGGCGAAGGCCUGCCUGGUAUCGCCAUCCCCAUAGGCGGCGUCGCCCAUGGCUUCCUCCACCGGCACACCGGUGUUGGCCUCGCUCUGCUCCACCAGUUCCAGCGAUCCCCAGGUUGUCCGGAGCGUUGCCGGGCAAUACCUCCACGGCGGUGAUCAACUGGGAGUCGGUAUCCACGACGAUCGCCGCCUUGUGUCCGUCGAAGCGUCUGCUGCUGCUCUUGUGGCCGUGGCGCAUCUCCGGGUCAUGCACCGACAUCAUCCGGUCCCGGCUCACCCCGUCCUUGAGGCUCACUCCGUCAUCGGUCCGCUCCACGCUCUGGAGCAGCAACUGCCCCAGCAGUUCCGCCGCCGCCACUAUCCUGCUGCCGCUCAGCGCUGUCCUCCGCCAACUCCCCCUGCGCCUGCCGCGACAACUCCAGCAACCGGUCGGCGUCAGCUACUAUCAAGGACAGCAGCGCCGUCCGCGCCCGUUUGUCGCUCCAGUCGAUGGCCGCCUCGCCCUUCACGCUGGAGCCAGGUAUCUCUCAUAUUCCCGGGCCUUGGCCCAUUCCCUGACCGGAGCUUGCUCCACUGCCGCCAGCGCCCGCAACAGCUUGACUAUCCCGUCCGCCAAC